AUGUUCGGGAGGGCGCCGAAGAAGAGCGAUAACACUCGGUACUAUGAGAUUUUGGGAGUGUCGCAGAACGCUUCUCAUGACGACUUGAAGAAGGCUUACAAGAAAGCCGCCAUCAAGAACCAUCCUGACAAGGGUGGAGAUCCUGAGAAAUUUAAAGAGUUGGCUCAGGCUUAUGAUGUUCUGAGUGACCCUGAGAAGCGUGAAAUCUAUGAUCAGUAUGGUGAGGAUGCACUCAAGGAAGGAAUGGGUGGCGGUGGUGGCGGCCACGACCCAUUUGACAUCUUCUCGUCUUUCUUUGGUGGUAGCCCAUUUGGAGGUGGUGGCAGUAGCAGAGGCCGAAGACAGAGACGUGGAGAAGAUGUGGUCCACUCACUGAAGGUCUCCUUGGAGGACAUCUAUCUUGGGACUUCAAAGAAACUGUCUUUAUCGCGUAAUGUGUUAUGCUCCAAAUGUAAUGGUAAGGGGUCGAAAUCUGGGGCUUCGUCGAAGUGUGCGGGCUGUCAAGGAACUGGUAUGAAGGUCACAAUCAGGCACCUUGGCCCCUCUAUGAUUCAACAGAUGCAGCACGCUUGCAAUGAGUGCAAAGGUACUGGAGAGACAAUCAGUGACAAAGACCGCUGCACGCAGUGCAAAGGAGAAAAGGUUGUUCAAGAGAAGAAGGUUUUGGAAGUCAUUGUGGAGAAGGGUAUGCAAAGCGGACAGAAGAUCUCAUUCCCUGGUGAAGCAGAUGAAGCUCCUGAGACAGUCACUGGUGAUAUAGUGUUUAUCAUUCAUCAAAAAGAACAUCCAAAGUUCAAGAGAAAGGGUGAGGACCUUUUUGUGGAGCACUCUCUGUCCCUCACCGAGGCUCUCUGUGGCUUCCAGUUCGUUUUGACCCAUUUGGAUGGCAGGCAGCUGCUUAUCAAAUCAAACCCUGGUGAAGUUGUCAAGCCUGAUUCGUUUAAGGCGAUCAAUGAUGAGGGGAUGCCCCUCUACCAAAGGCCAUUCAUGAAGGGGAAGCUGUACAUUCAUUUCAAUGUGGACUUCCCUGAGUCUCUGAACCCAGAGCAGGUCAAGGCAUUGGAAGCUAUUCUUCCAUCAAAGCCAGGAGCAUCUCAGCUUACAGAUAUGGAGGUGGAUGAGUGUGAGGAGACAACUCUGCAUGAUGUGAACAUGGAGGAGGAGAUGAGGAGGAAGCAGCAGGCUCAGGCGGAGGCUUACGACGAGGAUGACGACAUGCCUGGUGGUGCUCAGAGGGUGCAGUGCGCACAGCAGUGA